GGACUAUUUGGCUCCAACUAGCUGUGGACUAGGUACCAUUACCCUCCCAUUCCGGAUCUGGUCUUGAAUUGAGAUCGAAAAACAAUUCUAUACUUGAUACAAAGACCGAUAAUAUCCAGGCCGAGCCUAAUCCAAGACCGGUGACUGGUCCACCCCUAUGUGGUACCAACAAAUGGAUAUCAUUCUGAUUUGGUAUUUAAUGCGAUUUUUAUCAUACCACCAUAGUCUAUGCAUUUAUUUGUACAUAAUUUAUUUUAUAAAUUGCAAAGAAAGUGUUUAUUUUUAUAGUAAACAAGGUGUAAUUGUAAAAAUGGUUAAUAUUUGAGAAAACGAGUUUUAAGUAAUGUUUAGUUUCUUUCAAUAUCCUUUUUGUUUCAAUCAUAUAUACAUCCUUUUAGUCUGCAUUUUCAGUUCAUUUCAUAUAUUUCUUUUUAGUGUUAUCUAGAGUGUUUGUAUUCGAUGGUGGAGUGUUGUCUGCAAGGUGUAUGUUAUCCACCAUCUUUGAUCGGAUGUUUUGUAUGAUAAUAAAAGGUUUGCACUGAUUUCUUAUCUAUUAUGAACUCGAUUUUCUUCUGCACCAAUAUUAAGACUACUUGACUCUAGUUUUAUGGCGGUCGUGUCAAAAAUAUAGGUUCACAUGGAUUCCUUUCAUUCCAAUGGUUGGGGAAAUGGCCAAACGAGACUAACGCUACAAUAGACAUCUUACCUGUGACUAUCAAAUUAAGAAAGUUUCGUAGUUCCUUUUUGGUGGGUGGUGAAGUCGAAAUGCAUAUAUUCUUUCCCUUAUUGCAUUCGUCUUAUUAUAAAUUUUCAUAAUUUGAUUUUUAAAUAUUUUUUCUAAUAGAGAAUUAAAUGCAAUGGCAAUCAAAAUUGUUCAUUGGUAAAUGUGAAAUUGGGAAAGUUGCAACUAAAAAGGAACGGAAGAAGUAGGUCUCAAUUAUGAAAUCUCAUUUGGACUCUUGUACAUGAUAAACACCCAACCCGAUACACAUAUUCCUUAAAAGCAUUGAACUAGAAUUUUUAGCAUGUUAUCAACACAUUUUCAUGUCAUUGUUCACAUUAUCCCUAAAUCAGUGCAAUGUAAUCAGCGACUCAUUGUCACGUCAUCAUCACUCCAAGGGAUUGUGUAUGUAUUGUGGUGACCCUUAUACACCUGGACAUUAUGCAGCAAGGCAUAAGAAACCACAACUGUUUUAUCUUGAAGGAGAAGAAGAAGAAGAAGAAGAAGAAGAAGAAGAAGAAGAGGAGGUAAAUAUAGAAGAUAUACCAGAAGAGAUGGAAGCAUGUGUAUCCAUGAAUGCCAUGACUGGUUUAUCUCAUUUCCAAACAAUGAGGGUGACUGAGUAUGUUAAUAAAAAAACCACUACACAUACUGAUAGACAGUGGGAGCACACACAAUUUCAUUGAUGAAACUACUGCUACGAAAUUGGGCUGUAAAAUGGUAGAGGUUAAACCCAUGUGUGUGGCUGUGGCUGAUGGAAACAAGAUGGUAGUGUACAAGAUGUGUAAAAGGUUUCAAUGGAAGAUACAUGACACCAUUUUUACAUCAGACUAUAUGGUGUUACCAUUGGGAUGCUGUGAUAUUGUUUUAGGUAUUCAAUGGUUGUCAACGUUGGGGCCAAUAAUCUGGGACUUUCAGAAAUUGAUCAUGGAAUUCAAGGUAAAUGGAAAGAGACAUGUGGUGAGGGGGUCACAUAACAACAACAAAGUUAAAAUCAUUUCAUCUCAGAAAUGCCAGAAACUUAUACAUGAAGGAAGCAGUCAGAUAGCUAUGAUACAGUUAUCAGAUUUUAUUGAUCAUGAUAAUGAAUUAUUCCCAGGUUACCCUACCCUAUUAUCUGCUCAAAUAGGUGUUCAUGAUGAAAAUAAGGAAAUUGACAAAUUGAUAGAGAAGUAUUCUAUCAUUUUUGAAGAACCGGUUGGGUUACCUCUUUUUAGAGGUGAAUUUGAUCACAGAAUACCUCUCAAAAUUGGGUCUCAACCUGUUAGUAAGAGACCACACAGGUACCCCUCUAUGCAAAAAGGAGUAAUUGAAAAGCUGGUUAAAAAGAUGCUGGAAUUUGGAAUCAUACAGAAUAGUAGCAGCCCAUAUGCAUCACCUGUAGUUUUAGUGGGAAAGAAAGAUGGAUCUUGGCGUUUAUGUACUGAUUACAGGGAGUUGAAUAAGCAGACCAUAAAGGAUAAAUUUCCAAUACCCUUAUUGGAUGAUUUACUGGAUGAAUUGGGAGGGGCUACUGUGUUUUCUAAGCUGGAUUUGAGGAGUCGUUAUCAUCAACUAAGAAUGAACAAAGAGGAUAUUUACAAAACAACUUUUAAAACUCAUGAAGGUCAUUAUGAGUUUGUAGUUAUGCCUUUUGGGCUAAAAUGCUCCAUCUUGACGAAGUUUUUGGAUACGGA